CCGUGCGCGCGCCCCGUACCUCCAGCCCAGCGCUCGGAGCCGCUUUCGCUGCCACUGUCUGCUCCCCCGGGCCGCCGCCGCCGCCGCCGCCGCCGCCGCCUCCUCCCCGCGCAGGCCCGGGGCUCUGUCCGCUGGGCCCGCGCCACUCGCCCCGAGCCAGGAGAACGAGCUCGAGGAGGAUGCCUGGGCCCGUCCCGCGCGGCCCCGGGUGAGGCACGCCCGCGCGCCCGCCGGCGCCAUGGGAAGGAGCGGGCGCCGCUGUUGUCCCCCGCCGGCGCGCGCACGACUUGAGACCUGCCACGGGCAGCCCCCGGCCGCGGGUCCCCGAGUGACGCUGGCGGCACCUGAGAGUGUGGCGCGGGCCCGGGGCCACGCAGAGGAGCCCAGUGACCAGUGAAACGGCUGAGGACCCGCCGCCCGUGCCGCCGCCAUGGUGAUGUCCCAGGGCACCUACACGUUCCUCACGUGCUUCGCCGGCUUCUGGCUCAUCUGGGGUCUCAUCGUCCUGCUCUGCUGCUUCUGCAGCUUCCUGCGCCGCCGCCUCAAACGGCGCCAGGAGGAGCGACUGCGCGAGCAGAACCUGCGUGCCCUAGAGCUGGAGCCCCUCGAGCUCGAGGGCAGUCUGGCCGGGAGUCCCCCGGGCCUGGCGCCGCCGCCGCCACCACCGCACCGCGGCCGCCUGGAGGCGCCGGCGCACGCGCACUCGCAUUCGCACGUGCACGUGCACCCGCUGCUGCACCACGGGCCCGCGCAGCCGCACGCACACCCGCACCCGCACCCGCACCCGCACCACCACGCGCUCCCGCAUCCGCCGCCUCCACACCUGUCGGUGCCGCCGCGGCCCUGGAGCUACCCGCGCCAAGCGGAAUCGGACAUGUCCAAACCACCGUGCUACGAAGAAGCGGUGCUGAUGGCCGAGCCGCCGCCGCCCUACAGCGAGGUGCUCACGGACACGCGCGGCCUCUACCGCAAGAUCGUCACGCCCUUCCUGAGCCGCCGCGACAGCGCGGAGAAACAGGAGCAGCCGCCUCCCAGCUACAAGCCGCUCUUCCUGGACCGGGGCUACAACUCGGCGCUGCAUCUGCCCAGCGCCCCUCGGCCCGCUCCGCCCUGCCCAGCCCUCUGCCUGCAGGCCGACCGCGGCCGCCGGGUCUUCCCCAGCUGGACCGACUCAGAGCUCAGCAGCCGCGAGCCUCUGGAGCACGGAGCUUGGCGCCUGCCGGUCUCCAUCCCCUUGUUCGGGAGGACUACAGCCGUAUAGAGGGGCGCCCGGCGCCCCGGGCCCCACCGGCGAACUCCUGGCCUGACUGCGGGGCUUUUUAAAUGCUUCCCUGGACUGCGGGGAGGGGCGGGGGGAGGGAGGGAUUUCUUAUCCCGUUUGUUACAUUUUGAGGAUAAUAAAGGUGUGUGAUCUGGUUUGGUACAA